AUACUAACAAAUGAAACCCAAUUUCAGCUCGUGUCAUUUAAGUUGAAACUCGAUUCGUGAAUUCGAAGCCAAGGCACAUUAAAGCUGAAGCACAUGUUGAAGUCGUUGUUGCUGCGCCGAGACUUGUUGCAACCGCAUUUGCCACAAUUUAUUGGACUUUGUAUUCGAUCUCCCAUCCAUCCGAAAAGUACUAUUUCAAGACGCAAAUUCUGCAGCGAAAUGGACGAAAAAAUUGAACUUGACGCAGCAAAGAGGCUCGCAGCCGAAACAGCGGUGGAUCAAUAUGUGACCGAAGAUACAAAAGUUUUGGGCAUUGGUAGCGGCUCAACCAUCGUGUUUGUCGUCCAGCGGCUUGCGGAGCGCGUCUGGAAGGAGGGUACGCUGUCAGAAUUAAUCUGCGUGCCGUCAUCGUUCCAAGCGCGUCAACUAAUACUCGAUCACAAUCUCACAUUGGGCGAUCUGGAUCGUAAUUAUAAAAUCGAUGUUUAUAUUGAUGGCGCCGACGAAGUGGACAGUAGCAUGGUGCUAAUCAAAGGUGGCGGCGGCUGCCUGAUGCAGGAAAAGAUAGUUGCCUCGUGCGCCAAGACAGUCGUCAUCGUGGCAGACUAUACUAAGCGCUCGCUCCGCCUGGGCGAGCAAUGGUGCAAGGGCAUACCCAUUGAGGUUGCGCCGUUAGCCUAUGUGCCAGUCAAGCAUAAGAUCGAGGAGCUCUUUGGAGGCGAGGCACAGCUACGUAUUGCCCUAAAGAAGGCUGGUCCCAUUGUCACCGACAAUGGAAAUUUUCUGUUGGACUGGAGAUUUGUUGCAAAACGGGAAUACGAUUGGAACGAGGUGAAUACGGCAAUAACUUUGAUACCGGGUGUCCUGGAAACGGGCCUAUUCGUCAACAUGGCAAACAAAUGCUACUUUGGAAUGGCCAAUGGCACCCUCAAGGUCCAGAGCAAAUAGUUCUCUGAUCCGAUCAAUUGAAAAUAUUCAUAUUAAUAAUACUAAACUGUUACAGCGCAUGAAUA